AAGGGUCCCGCACUCCCGCAGACCACAUUCCUCAUGCUCUCUCCUAAUCACCUUCUUCUUCUUCUUCUUCCUCCGGAUUCCCUUGAAACCCUAACGGAAACUCCGAUUUACAGAAGGCACGAUUAUGUCGGUGGACGCUUCUCCGGCCGAUCGCUUCAAGCAAUUCCGGCCCGCCAGCCCCGCUAGCAAUGGCAACGGCGUCCUCUCGGCAUCGCCGGCAUCGGUCAAAGCGGCUCACAGGCUCCGCCUGAACCCGACCUCUGAUCACGAGCCGGACAGCUACGAGGACCUACAGAGCCAGCUCGAUUUCAGCCCCAUGCUCUUCAGCUCCUUGGAGCGUUACUUGCCUCCUCCACUCUUGACUCUCUCCCGCGACGCCAAGGUCGACUACAUGCGCGACAUCCUUCUCCGGUACUCCCCCGAGGGUGAACGCACGCGUGUUCUAAGGCAUCGAGAAUACAGGCAGAAGAUUCUAGCUAACUAUAAGCCUCUUCACAGAGAGCUUUAUACAAUGCACGCUGCAAGUUUCUUUGUGCCCUCGUUUCUGAGAGCGUUGAAGGAAAACACAGAAGAGAGUUUUAGAAGUAUAAUUACUGAGCCCUCUCCAGGGAUAUAUGUGUUUGAGAUGCUUCAGUCACGGGCCUGUGCAAUGUUAUUGUCCGAGGUAGAGAGCUUUGAAAGAUGGGUCCAUGACACAAAUUUCAGGAUCAUGCGACCAAAUACAAUGAAUAAAUAUGGAGUCGUGCUUGAUGACUUUGGUUUGGAGACCAUGCUUGCCAGAAUGAUGGAUGACUUUGUUCGGCCCAUAGCUAGGGUUUUCUUUCCAGAAGUUGGCGGGUCCACCCUGGAUUCUCAUCAUGGUUUUGUUGUUGAAUAUGGAAUGGAUAGGGAUGUUGAACUCGGUUUCCAUGUAGAUGAUUCUGAAGUCACUUUAAAUGUUUGCUUGGGUGAGCAAUUUUCGGGUGGAGAAUUGUUCUUUCGUGGCGUUCGAUGUGAUAAACAUGUAAACUCAGAGACACAGUCAGAGGAAAGCUUUGACUAUUCCCAUUCCCCUGGUCAUGCAAUUCUUCAUCGUGGUCGCCAUCGUCAUGGUGCUAGAGCCACAACAUCUGGACAUCGGGCCAACUUAAUUUUGUGGUGCAGAAGCAGUUCUGUCUUUCGAGAGCUGAGGAAAUAUCAGACAGAUUUCUCAAGCUGGUGUGGGGAGUGCCUACGCACCAAGAGAGCAAGGCAUCAAUUGUCACUCGCCAGCACCAAAUUGGAGUUGAUGAAGAGGGAAAGAAGAGCAUCUUGAGUUCAUAAGCUUACCACCCCUUGUUUUGAACUUGUAAAUCACAUGUCGUAUUUGUGAAUCCAAAGGAGCGUCAUGCAAUUUAUCUCCGCCAUCGCUUCCCCUCUGCUGAUUUUGGAGUGCUUGGUAGCUGUACAUAAAAAAAGUAGGCCAGGUUAAGCGCAUGAGGUGAUUCAAAUGUAUUUUUUGAUGUGUUGCUUGUUCUAGCGAAGGAAGGACGUUCCUUGUUUCACCCUGAUGGUCGUUUUUCGUGCGGAUUGACUUAUGAUGUCAGAUAGAUAUAUUGGUUGUGCGAUUUUUUUUUUUCGGCGAAUACAAAAGGCUAGCACAAAGGGUAGCCUAUAAUAUCUAGCUCGGAGGUGGGACAGAGAGAAAUCUUGCUUACGAGCACGUUCUAGGGCCAAAAGGGGCCAACCAAUCGGCGGGUUUGUUGCCUACCCUCAGCACAUGGUGCACCUGAAUAGAUGGAUGUUACCGGAUCUCAUGAAGAA